UCCCGAUCGGCCCCUCUAGCAGUACGUAGCAGCGAUCACCGGCGGCGGCGACGACGACAGCCAUGGCGGCCGAGAAGCAGCAGGUCUCAGGCGGCGGCGGCGCGGCGCCGAUGUGCGCCAACGGCUGCGGUUUCUUCGGGAGCGCCGCGACCAAGAACAUGUGCUCCAAGUGCUACAAGGAACACGUGCUGCAGACCGCCGCCGCCGUCGCUCCGCCUGUCGCCGAGAAGAAGGCCGACGGAUCCGCGCCGGCGGUGGAGGAGAGCGGCUCAUCCGCGGAGGCGAAGGAGGAGCACGAGGCAGGGGCCUCCGGCGCCGACUCCGCGGCGCCCGUCAUGUGCGCGAACGGGUGCAGCUUCUUCGGCUCCGCGGCCACCAAGAACCUGUGCUCCAGCUGCUACAGGGACUUCCUCAAGGCCGCCGACGCCGGCCCCGCCGUGGCCGGGAAGAUCGAGGUCGCGCCCGAGCAGCCGGCGCCUGAGGCCUCCGCCGCGGCCUCCUCUAGCGCGGCGCCGGCGCCGGCGCCGAAGCCGGCGCGGUGCAUGCGCACGUCGUGCAACAAGAAAGUCGGGCUGCUGGGGUUCGUCUGCCGCUGCGGCGGCACGUUCUGCUCGCUGCACCGCUACACCGACGAGCAUGCCUGCGACUUCGACUUCAAGACGGCGGGCCGCGAGCAGAUCGCCAAGAAGAACCCGCUCGUCGUGGCGCCCAAGCUCAACAAGAUCUGAUGCAGACGGAGAGAGACGACGAAGAGUAGUCCGAGUCAGAUGGAGAUGAGUAGUACAAGGCUGGGUAGCUAGUGAUGAUAGAUUGCAUUGUUUUCUUAGCUUCCAUGUUCUAGAAGUUAAAACCAUUCUUUGUAGGCAAUCAAGUUUAGUUCUCGAUUAUCCCGUCUCGAAAAAAAAGUUUAGUUCUCGAUUAUUUCUUCCAAUAAACAUCGUCAAUGCA